AUGGCAUUGAUUCAAUUCUUGUUCGUGAUAGCCACCACAGCCAUUGCAUCGCUCAUUGGAUUCUUGCUUUUUUGCUCGCCAAAACCAAGAGACAGAACCGAAAACGAAAAGUACUACAAAGAUGCCACAUCAAAAGGCAGGAAACUGCUGCCCAGCAUAUUCGAUAAGCCCACUUUGAAGCUAUCGUGUAUCGUACCUGCAUUUGAUGAAACCAAGCGAUUGCCUACCAUGCUCAAGGAAACGGUCGAGUAUUUAGAAGAGCAGAAAAAGAAGAAUGCCACCUACACAUACGAGAUUAUCAUUGUCGAUGAUGGCAGUCGAGACAACACUGUGCAAGUAGCCAUGGAUUUCGCUGAGAAACGACCCAACGUGGAUAUUCGUAUUCUUGCAUUGGAUAAAAACAGAGGUAAAGGCGGUGCUGUUACUCAGGGCAUGUUAUCAGCGCGUGGUGAACUGUGCUUGAUGGUGGAUGCAGACGGUGCAACCCAAUUCUCAGAUCUUGGUAAGCUUGUGGAGGACAUUAAGCAAAUUGAAAAGGAUGGCCAAGGUGUUGUUGUUGGAUCCAGAUCUCAUCUCGUCACAACAGAGGCUGUUGUCAAGAGAUCCUUUAUUCGAAACUUUUUAAUGCGUGGAUUCCAUACCUUGGUCUAUGUGCUCGGUAUUCGAGGCAUUGAAGAUACGCAAUGUGGGUUCAAACUGUUCACUCGCAAAUCAGCUCAAAUCAUAUUCCCCAACAUGCAUGUGGAGAGAUGGAUUUUCGACAUUGAGUGUCUCAUGAUUGCUCAACUUGAAAAGAUGCCAAUUUCAGAAGUUCAGGUUACAUGGCACGAAAUCGAUGGCUCCAAAGUGAACCUAAUGAUGGAUUCCAUGCAGAUGGCUAUUGAUCUACUACUUAUUAGACUUAAUUAUAUUUUGGGCUUCUGGUCUGUUAAAAAAUCGCAUUAA